AAUUGGAUACACAGUAACCCUAUUGUUGGGUAAGGAAGUUGAGUACUCCGUAGUUAAUUACUCAGAUGCAGUUAGAAUCUUGAGUCUGAUCUGAGGCCACGUCAUCCUCAAAAUCGUCACAUGUCUAUUUAAACGAGGGAAAAUUCAACCAACAAAAACAGACUUUCACAACAAAACAAACACACAUAACAAAACUCUAUAAAUAAAUAAAUAAAUAUAACACCCUGUUAAUAAUAAUAUCUACUCCGUAUGUGUAAAUUAAUCGAAGGAGCAAAUCAAGCAACAAAAUCAGCCACCAUGGAUAUGGAUUGCCAUCCUUUAUUGAAGGGAGGGAGGAACCCAGAGAAAGGCGGUGGCGGCGACGGCGACUACGGCGGCAGUAGUGGUGGUUUUAAGCAUGGAUUCUCUGCAUCUGAAAUCCAAACAUUGGCUUCUUUGUGUGAAGCUGUUAUCCCUUCUCUUCCACCUUCCUCUGUCACCCAAGAAAUCAAGUCUAUCAAUCCCAAAGAAGCCGUUUUUUCCUUUUUUGGUGCCUCUGCUUCUCAGUCUACAAUCCCAGAUGAGGUGGCUGAGUUGAUAACCAAAAGAGGAGUAACAGAAGCAGUAGUUCUAAUAAGAGUGGUGAUGAAACUGUUGUCAAGCAGAUUAGGGACACUAUUGCUUUGUGGGAGGCAUUGUUUGGAAUGGAAAUGGCCUUUUAUUAACAAAGUAUCAGAAAUGAGUUUGGACAAGAGAGAGAAACUGCUACAAAGAUGGUCUACUGAAAGUUAUUGGACUUCCUUAAGAGUUGUAUUUCUCUUCAUCAAAGUUGCCACUAGCUUCGUCUUCUACUCCCGGGUUGAUGGCAAUGCUAAAAAUCCGGCAUGGGAAGCCAUUGGUUACAAGGUGGACACUAGAAAGCCAUCAGUGAACUCCCAAGAAGAGAAACCACUUGAAAAGGGUAUAAUUGACUGCAGGAAGUUGAGUGACUCAACCCUUGUUCAAGCUUUCCAAGAAAAAGGCCUAAAAGUUGCAGAAGAUGUGAAUCAACAGGGAGUUAUAAAGAUAAAAUGUGAUGUUGUAAUAGUUGGUUCUGGUUGUGGUGGAGGAGUUGCAGCUGCUAUUCUUGCAAAUCAAGGUCAUAAAGUAGUAGUCCUUGAAAGAGGGAACUACUUUGCUCCAGGUGAAUACUCUUCUUUAGAGGGCCCAUCGUUGAACGAGUUAUACAUGUCAGGAGGAUUAUUCACAACUCUUGAUGGGAAAAUGACAAUCUUUGCUGGAUCAACUGUUGGUGGAGGAUCUGCUGUCAACUGGUCAGCUUCCAUUAGAACACCAGAUGAUGUUCUUAAAGAUUGGUCAGUGAAUCACAAACUACCCAUGUUUGGUAGUCCUGAUUACAAAUCAGCCAUGAAUGAAGUGUGGAAGAGGUUAGGAGUUACAGAGGAUUGUUCAGAAGAAGGGUUUCAGAACUUAAUUCUUCGAAAAGGGUGUGAUGAUCUUGGGUUGAAAGUUGAGAAAGUGCCUAGGAAUACAUCUAAGGAUCAUUACUGUGGUUCGUGUAGUUAUGGGUGUAGAACUGGUGACAAGAAAGGAACUGAUACUACUUGGCUGGUUGAUGCAGUAAGUAAAGGUGCUGUGAUUUUGACAGGAUGUAACGCAGACAAGUUCAUACUAAAACAGGAAAAGAGAAGAAAGAAAUGCCUUGGAGUCCAAGCAACAUUAUCGAGCAAAGAUGUAUCGAAGAAGAUUUACAUCGAAGCUAAAGUAUCAAUUUCAGCUUGUGGGUCUCUCGCAACACCCCCUCUUUUGAUAUCUAGUGGACUGCAGAACUCAAACAUUGGCACAAACCUCCACCUGCAUCCUACUCUGUUAGCCUGGGGUUACUUUCCUGAAAGUGAAACUACACCUGUUUUCAAAGGAAAAUGUUAUGAAGGAGGAAUCAUUACUUCAAUUCAUAAAGUGGUUUCUGAUAAAUCUCAAGUUGAUACUAUCAUAGAAGCAUCAGCAUUAGGCCCUGCAGCAUUUUCCUCCUUAAUGCCAUGGGUAUCGGGCCUUGACUUCAAAGAGAGGAUGGUUAAGUAUGGAAGAACAGCUAGUCUGUUUGCAUUAGUCAGAGAUCAGAGUACAGGUGAAGUUAAAAAAGAGGGAAGAGUUAAGUAUCACUUAAACCAAGUUGACAAGGAAAAACUGAAGAAAGGGUUAAGACAGUGUAUGAGGAUACUAAUAGCAGCAGGAGCAGUUGAAGUAGGAACAUAUAGAAGUGAUGGACAGAGUUUAAAAUGUAAAGGGCUGAAAGAUGAGGAGGUGGAGGAGUUUCUAGACACGGUAAUUGCGCCAGGUGGCGCAAGGUCAAGGACCGAGAAGUGGACAAUAUACGGGUGUGCUCAUCAGAUGGGUAGUUGUAGAAUGGGGGUGUCUGAGGAGGAAGGGGCAGUGGAUGAAAAUGGAGAAAGUUGGGAAGCUAAAGGGUUGUAUGUAUGUGAUGGAAGUGUUUUGCCAACUGCAUUAGGGGUUAAUCCUAUGAUUACUAUUGAAUCAACAGCUUACUGCAUUUCAACAGGAAUUGCAAGAGUCCUUAAACAAGGAAAUAUAUAAGGAAAUUAAUAUACAUUUUAACUUGCACAAUAUGCACAUAGCCAACCUUAGCAUACAAAUAAAGUUAAGUUCUUGUAGACAAUAGGUCUUAUAUUUUAAAUUCAAAUAUUUACAAUAAAAUUUAUAUUUCGUGUUGCAAUAAAAGGAACUACAGGAGUAGUUUUUUAGCUUUUACCAUAUAAAGGAUGUGUACACACAUUUUGAAAGUCAGUUUAAUCAUUAUUUUGCGUACAAAAGAUGAAAGGGUACGUGAUCAUUCAUGCCGAA